AUGGAGUACAACUCUCUGCACGAUUCUAUAGAUGAUACUCUCCUCAAAUUGGAUGAUGAGUACGUUGGGCUAGAAGCUCAGCAAGAGGGGUUGAAUAUUCUAUUCGAAAGGUGGACCAAAAGUGGUAAGGGAGAAUCAUGUAUAGUCACCGGGCCAACUGGAUCGGGACGCACCAUGGCAGUUGGUAGGGCCAUCAAUACCUACAUACCAGAUGCUAAGCAAUGUAAUUAUAUCUGUGUUGCUCAAAUGGGCUCUGAUGCUACAAUCCAUGAUCUAAUCAAAGGCAAAAGUAACGAAAAACGGAUCAUCAUCAUCGAAGAUGCUGAUGAGUUAGCUGCUCGUAGUAGGCAAACUCUGCUAUUCACCAUAUUGGAUUCUACGCGAUCACUUCCUUGGCUUGUAAUACUCAUGACUAACAGACAGGAUUUUGUAACUGUUCUAGAGAAAAGAGUUCGAUCACGUCUAUCUUCAAUCAAGUUCAUCUGCAAAGGUGCUCAGACUGCUGAAGAAUAUUACAAAGCUUUCAUGCAGUUUCUCACUUGUGGAAAUCAUAAAGAUUGGGAAAAAUUUGCAAAGAACAUGUUGAAACAGUCAGACUCUUACCGCUGUGACAUAUCAUACUUCUUUCAACUCACUACCUCAUAUGGACAACUCAAGAACUUCGUAGCUGUUUUCUUGUCUAUUCUGGCUGGCACUGAGGAUUUAGAAAAAGACUUCAAGGAAGCUUGGGACAUUGCAUUAGGUUCAGUUAUGCCUCACAAAAACCCUUUGACUCAUCUCAUCCAAGAUCUCUCACUACGCGCUCUUUGCGUGUUACUCUGCAUUCAUCGUCGCUUACGUGUAUCUCCUAAUGCAAACAUCUCAUAUCGAAAAGUGUUGACAGAUUACAAGCACCUGUGUAAAACUGCUGAUGGACGUAUGACUGUGCCCAAUGACGAAAUUAUAUAUAAAGAGAUUGACCGACUGAUCCAUCUAGGCUUAUGCGAUGCCAGUCUCAAACACAAUAACAUAUCAUUCAGACGAGUUUCAUUACAUAUCGAUCUCGAAGCACUGAAUAAUACUCUCAAAGAGCUGACCAUUCCAUCUAACAUCCGCGAAUGGAGUUCAAGACUCGCGGAAAACUAA